AUGGCGUCGGUCAACCCGUUUAAUCUCAGCGAUUCGGAAGAAGAAGCUGAGCGUGGUCCUAAUGAAACAGUUGACACAGAAAGGAGUCCGAGUGACGGAGCGCCAGGGCCACCAGGCAAUCCGUUUUCUCCCCCUGCAGACGCCGAGCCUCCAGCGCUUCCACUGUCCGGCAACCGUACGAGCCCCAGUGUUGAGGGCAUCUGCGUGUCGGCCUCGGCUCCCACCGCUAUGGCAGGCACCGCAGAGACUCGGAUUUCUGUGGAUGGCAUUGCUGCUCAGUUAUUAAAGGACCAGUAUAUUCUCACGGCCUUGGAGUUUCACACUGAACUGCUGGAAGCAGGCAGGGAGCUUCCGAGACUGAGGGAUUAUUUCUCCAACCCUGGCAACUUCGAGCGUCAGAGCGGUACUCCACCUGCCAAAGACCAGGUACUCGGACCUGGAGGACCACUUAAUCGAGCAGGCAGUAUUAGCACCUUGGACUCUUUGGACUUUGCACGUUACUCGGAUGACGGCAACCGGGAGACAGACGAACGGGUGGCAGUGCUGGAGUUUGAGCUACGGAAAGCAAAGGAGACCAUACAGGCUCUGCGCGCAAACUUGACUCAGGCAGCAGAGAGUGAAAUUCCAUCUCAGGAGAGAAAAAACUUCAAAUCAAGUCCUGAUAUUCAGGAACCCAUACGUCCACUGGAGAAAAGAGCCUUAAACUUCCUCGUGAAUGAGUAUUUAUUAAAAAACGAGUACAAGCUGACAUCCAUCACAUUCUCCGAUGAAAAUGAUGAUCAGGACUUUGAGUUGUGGGAUGACGUUGGCCUCAACAUCCCAAAACCCCCGGACCUGUUGCAGCUCUACAGGAACUGUGGCAGCUCUCUCACUUCUCCACGGGAACGAGUGGACGCAUCAGUCGGUGUAGACUUAGGCGAUCUUUCGGAAAUCCGCUUCGCUCAGGAGCCCGUAAAGAAACCUGAUCUAUCCCAACAGCAACAAACAGAAGUCGUGCAGGAGCUGGAGUACCAGCUGAACCUUCUCAGCGGUGAGAAGCAGAGUCUAGCUGACCAGAUCAAGAAGCUGCAGAGCGAGAUUCAAACACUGAAACGGGCCGUCUCCUCUCCACCUCCCACGUCUCUGGAUUUGGUUUCCCAGAAUUCACCUCGCCCAUCUUCCUCGUCCUCCUCUUCCAACUCAAACUCUUGCUCCACUAACCCAUCAGUGCCUCCAACAGAUAAUGGCCAACAUCUAGACAUCGGAGGGGUGUCGGAAUCGGAAAAUGUCUCUGCACCCCCCUCUAAUCAGAACACAUCACAUCCCCACUUACAGUGCUGCAACAAAGCCGUGAGACAGCAGCGCGUCCAGUUCGAUCAACCGAACAGGAAGUUAUCUCCAGCCUUCCAGCAAGCCUUGCUCUCCUUCUGCAGAAUGUGCUCAGACAGCCGCCUUGGAGCUGAGGUGUCCCGUAUAGCAGACAACGAGGACAGUGUGAUGCUGAUGUUGGGCCGCUGUCUUCCUCACAUUGUUCCCAAUGUUCUACUUGCUAAACGAGAGAGAUUGGUUGCGCAUCUUUGCCAGGAGUUGAUUCCUCUCAUCCUGUGCACUGCAUGCCUUCACCCUGAGCCUAAAGAGCGGGACCAGCUCCUGCACAUCCUCUUUAACCUCAUCAAGAGACCAGACGAUGAGCAGAGACAAAUGAUCUUAACGGGCUGCGUCGCGUUCGCGAGGCAUGUGGGUCCCACUCGGGUCGAGGCUGAGCUCCUUCCCCAGUGCUGGGAACAGAUUAACCACAAAUAUCCGGAGAGAAGAUUGUUGGUGGCUGAGGCCUGUGGCGCUUUGGCGCCCUACCUGCCUAAGGAGAUCCGUAGCUCUCUGGUGUUGUCAAUGCUGCAGCAGAUGCUUACUGAGGACAAAGCCGACAUGGUCAGGGAGGCGGUGGUCAAGAGUCUGGGUAUCAUCAUGGGUUACAUCGAUGACUCAGACAAAUACUCCCAGGGUUUUGAGUUAAUGCUGCUGUCACUCGGGGACCCAUCAGAGCGGGUGGUCAACGCAGUCCACCAGGUCUUCAUUCCUGCCUUUGCUGCCUGGACCACAGAGCUGGGCACACUGCACACUGCUCUAAUCCCCUCUCUGCUGGCUCGGAUAGAGAAACUACUAAAGCAGGGGGAACGUGGUCUGGAUGAACACAAGCUACACAUUUUUCUGUCAGCCCUUCAGUCUCUUACUCCUCCUUUAUUUGCUGUGGUGCUGCAGAACGCACCCUUCACCAGCAGAGUCAAACUCCAUGGGGACAUACCUGCAAUAGAAGUGACUCGGUUCCCCAGGCCAGCUUCUCCCCUGCAAGAUAUGGCCACCAUUAUCGGGAGUAGAGAGAUGCUAAGCGCCUUGCUGCUUCUUUAUGACCACCAGCUGGAGCAUGAAGGAACGACGGGCUGGGGCAGCCUGCUAUGGGUGGUCAACCAGCUAUUGCCUCAGCUCAUAGAGAUUGUGGGGCGCAUCAAUGUGACGUCUUCCACCUGCGUUCACGAGUUCUCGCGUUUUUUCUGGAGGUUUUGUCGCACAUUCGGCAAGAUUUUCACCAACACUAAGGUGAAACCACAGUUCCAGGAGAUUCUCCGACUCUCCGAAGAGAACGUUGAUGCUUCAGCAGGAAACGGCAUUCUCACCAAAGCUACAGUCCCAAUCUAUGCUACUGGCGUGUUGACCUGUUAUAACCAGGAGGAGGAUCGCAAGCUGCUGGUGGGUUUCCUGGAAGAUGUGAUGACGGCGCUCUCUCUGUCACACGCACCUCUCGACAGUCUCAAGGCCUCUUUUGUAGAACUGGGUGCCAAUCCAGUAUACCAUGAACUACUGCUCACUGUUCUGUGGUACGGGGUGGUCCAUACGUCUGCUCUGGUCCGGUGUACGGCAGCACGGAUGUUUGAGCUGCUGGUGAAGGGGGUGAAUGAGACGCUGGUAGCUCAGCGAGUGGUGCCGGCUCUCAUCACACUGUCCUCCGACCCUGAAAUAUCAGUGAGGAUCUCCACUAUUCCAGCUUUUGGCACCAUCAUGGAGACGGUCACGCAGAAGGAGCUGCUAGAACGUGUAAAAAUGCAGCUGGCCUCCUUCCUAGAAGACCCCCAGUACCAAGAUCAGCACUCUUUGCACAUGGAGAUCAUCAGGACGUUUGGCCGGGUCGGGCCUAACGCAGAGCCACGCUUCAGAGACGACUUUGUGCUCCCUCACCUUCAUAAGCUUGCGUUGGCUAAUAACAGCCAAUCAGUGGAAAGCAAGAAGAUUGACAUUUCCAUCCAUCUGUUUGAGGCCUACAGUGCCCUCUCCUGCUGCUUCAUUUCUGAGGAGGUCAUGGUCAACCACUUCCUGCCGGGGCUAAGGUGUCUGCACGCCGACAUGGAGCAGCUCUCUCAGGAGCACGAGGUGAUUCUCAGCUCUAUGAUUAAGGAGUGUGAGAUAAAGGUGGAGAACAGAGGAAUGUCCGACACACAAGGAUCGAUAUCUAUUGCAUCCAGUUUGGUGGGUGAGGACGCCAAGACCAAGUUCCUGAGCAAGAUGGGUCAGCUAACCACCUCUGGAGCCAUGCUAGCCAAUGUCUUCCAGAGAAAGAAGUGAUCGACUGAAGAUCCAUAACCCAAAAACUGACAAGUCCCCCAACGCUGUUGUCUUUGGGGGGAUUUUAUUUAUCUGGCUCUGCUUAAAUGUCUCAUUUAAACAAAUACAAUUCUGCAGCAGAGCUACCUGUGAGGGGGACAGAGACGGCUUCUAAAGUUCUUCGUCUCAACGUUGCUGAGGACUGCAGAUUUCUUUUUAUGUGUCAGUGUUAACGUUUUUCAUUUCAUAAAGGAAGCGAGUGAGGUGGAGGAGCCGCUGCUGACACAUAAACGCCGGACGUUCCUAGACCACCAGAUUUCAUCCCAUUUUCAGCGUAUUGUGUUUUCAAAGGCGUUCACUGGGGUCUCUGAGCUUAGCCUGCUGGAAUUUUAUUCGGGGAUAUUUUAGGGUUUCUAAAGACUUGAAUUGGGGGAGAAAUCAGAUUGAUGGCUCAGAAAUGUUGCCUACUUGAAACAAAAUCUCGUCUUGCCUUUAUUUCCUUUAACAUCAUUGUUUCUAUUGUUUUGAAAGCUUCUGUUUUAUUACGUAUGUCUUAAUGAAGGAAAACAAGCAUACUUUAUCUCUGCUUCCAAAGAAAUUUGCACUUCACUUUACAGUUUUGUUCUUUAUCUUGUGUUUUUUGUUGUUUUAAUUUAGAGUCUUAUAUAUAUAUAACCAUCACUACUUUUAUCUCCGUCCGUUUCAGCAUCAUGAAGUGGACGAGAACACUGAUCUAAAGUACCUUUUCUCCGUUUGUUGCAUCUUGUCUAAACGUUGCCGCGUCUCCAAGUUGUUUUCUGAAGUAGUUCAUUUAUUUUAUGCUCCACGAGAACCGGCAAACACCUGUAUCAUACACCGAACCGAGGAGGAUGGUACUCGUUGUGUAUAUUUGAAAUUUGUGUCACAAUGUAAUAAAAGAUGGAGGUCAUUUGUGCACUUUGA